CUGAAGGUAAGUCGGGAGGCAGGAGUGGUGCACGAGACGGCUGCGCGCGUCCGCUCCCGUGUGUGGACUCUCCAAAAAAUGUAUUAAGAAUUGCAAAAGCCGGAUUACACUGGAAGAUAAACACAACAGCAGUUCAUCAGUCGUAAGAAUGUAAACAAGAUCGCAGGUGGAGCUUUCCAAUGCACCUACAUCCCCUCCAUUCUGACCUUCUAGAAUGUUCCUGAAGACAGUUCCUCCGGUGGUGACUAUUCACUCAGAAUGGAGGUCCAAUAAGAGCUGCAGCCUGCCUCUCUUUUUCAAUGACAGUGCUUCCGACAGCGACCUUGUCUCUGUUAGCAGCACCCCCAUCCCACAGAAGAUCCAGAUGAUUAUAGAGAGCCUUCACAGCACCCAGUCUUCGGACAUGAGCGAAAACGGGCAGACCGAAAAGGGUCAAAUGAGACUCAUGGACACGUCUGCGAGAUCCCGGCGAACAGGGGCGGACACUAAGUUACAGACCACCAGACCAGAUACUGGCGAUGAUUCGGACAGUGAUGAUUCUGUGGACAGAGGCAUUGAGGAGGCCAUUCAGGAGUAUUUGAAGGAGAAGGUGGACCACAAGCGCAAAGGGGAUCCAAUCACAAGUUCGACCCCAGCGCCCAAGCUUCAGCGGAGGGAACCAACUGUCCCGGAUGCUGCUAAACAACACACACAUUCCAGUAAUGCUAAGGUGCUAACUGCUAGCAAUCAUAUACAGAGAGCCUUGAGUGGGACGCAGCCCCUAAAAAAGAAAGUCAAGAAGAAGCUAAGCAAAGAAAAUCCCUUCAAGAAAGCAGACACGAGUAAAGUUUUGCCUGUAAAAAGUCUUCCCCCUCCCAAAUCUAAGAAGGGAUCUUCGUCGUCUUCAGAGAUGGACAGAUCUCCACAUCGUCUUGUCAUUAAAGAGGAAGAGGAAAGGCUUGAUUCGAGCAGUGAUGAUGGAAUUGAAGAGGAGAUUCAGAGAUUCCAGCAGGAGAAAAAAGAAAAACAGGAAGGUGAAAGAGAUGCCCUGAGAUCUUCACGACAAAGGGAGGACUCUGAAUCGAGUAGCGAAGAAGGUAUUGAAGAAGCCAUCCGUCGCUUUCAGGAAGAAAAACACAAGCAGAAGAAAAAGAAAAAUCCUCUCAAACCUGCUCAACUUGUGCCUGCGCAACGUAGCAGAUCAGCCAUCACUUCUCCCGAAUGCAUAAGCACUCAGUCAUUCAAAGCACUGUCCAAGAAAAGCAAGAAGAAGUUGAUGACCAAGAAGUCUAAUCUCCCUACACCACUGGGUGUAAGCCACUUUUUGAACAAGUGUACAUCCCAGGGCUCUAAAGUCAAAGGGUGUGCACCACCCCUUUUAAACCCAAAACCAGCCCACACUGAACAUCAGAUCCAUUCCAGUCUCACGGUCAACACUGCUGAGCUGAUGUGUGCUGAAGCCAUUCUAGACAUCUCUAAAACUGUCAUGCCCGAGGUGUUUGAGCCUAACUUAAGCAUUGCUAACAGAAAUGUGCUUCAGACGCCAACAUUCCUCACUGUUGCACCAUCUGCGGAUAAAAGUGAUGAAAGCUCUGUUGACAGUGAGGACGGAAUUGAACAAGAGAUAAGAAAAUUUUUGGAACAUAAAGCAAUGAUGAACAAAGAGCUUCCAAAAACAUCAGGUGCACCAUCGCCAGCUUCAGGAGAUCCCACAGCAAGCAAAGAACCAAAGUUGAAGAUGAAGGAAACCCAACCGAAUAAAGCAGUAAGGCUCUCCCUGUCAAAAAAACGCAAGUUCAAAGAAGAACAAAGCAAACUUUCCAGAGAGGCUGAAUUAGUUUUGAAUGUUAAAGAGGAGCCUCCAGGGACACCUCUGAUUCAUAGUUACACCACCAGACUAGAGCUUUUAACCACUCCCACUGUCACAUCCCAUUCAAGUAGUCCAGCCACCAUGAAUUCCCCUCCUCAUAAGGGUGCAGAUAGUAGUGCACCCAAAGACAAAAGUUGCACUUGCAGUAUGUCCAGCCCAAAGACUGUGAUUGGCUCAGAGAGAAACGAAAGCAGUGACAAAAGCAGCUCCCUGGACAGUGAUGAGGAUCUAGAUGCUGCAAUUAAAGACUUGCUUAAGACAAAGAAAAAAGUCAAAAAGAAAGUGAGAGACAUGAAGGCAAGAAAAAGCAUCAGACCUUCCGAAGAAUCAUCUUUGGAUGCUGUGAAAAAACAAAAGCCUUUAACAGACCAGAAGAGCAUCCCACCUUCCAAGCUUGUUAAGUCUGGCAUCUUGAAAGGUGGCAAAGAGACACUGAAUGUUCAGACUAAAAACGACAAGGGUGAUAAAAGCAAAGCAGUUAAAGGCAAAUCAGAAAUUCAGAACACCAGAAAAUCUAAAAGCCAUGCACAAGCCGACAAGGUGACUGGGAAUGGUGGGGUUCCCAAGCCCCAAGAUGUGGACAUACCUUCCAGUCCGCAUGCAGAUGACAAUGACAGUUCUGUAGACAGCGAUGAUAGCAUUGAGCAAGAGAUCAGGAGAUUUCUAGCUGAGCGAGCCAAGGAGUCUGCACCUCUUGCUGCAAACACCAAACAAGAGGAAGGGGCCGUAGACUCCUUGACCUCACCUGCAGAGUCUGAUUUUAAACCAGAACCUCAAACGAUUGUAAGUGAAACUCCAGUUUCUGCUUCAGCAUCAACUUCUUGUAGCCUCUACAAAAGUGAAACGCAAGCAGAAUCCAUAGACAUAUGGAGAUCCAUGGAUGCACCUGCAGAACUCAGCAAAGGACCAGUCCUGACACCAGGCAGCUCUUGCAUUAUGGGUAUUAAGAGGACCAAAAGACAAAAAUGUGAGAUUUCGACUCCAAAGAGCGGCGGCUCCCAGACAAGGAAGGACACUCCAACAAGUCAUACCAUCAAACCCAACUCCUUCACUACGCCCUCUGUGAGCUCAGAGAUACUCCGAUCAUCGGGUCAUCAACACCAGAACCUAUUCCUGAUGAGAGCCGUUAACAGCAGUAUGAGCGACGUCAAGGAACUUUCCUCGGCAGACAGUAAUGAGCUUGCCAUCAGCCACCAGAGUAGAUCAGCUACUAGGAUACCUUUGAAGGAAGUAAUUAGUUCUCUUUGUCCCUCACCUAUCUCAAAACCUCAAAUUAAGUCCCCUGCUGUCACCACUGGUGACCUCUCGAAAUCGACGCCCCAUAGGGGCAGGACAGAGAGACUUUAUUUGCAAAACCGCCUGAAAAUUGACAGACCCCUUUCAGAUAGACCACACUUAACCCCUGCCACCUCGCACCUGUGCCAGCCCUCACCUGUACCGCAUGACCACCAGCAAGGCAGUGUAAUCCAGUUACAACUGGAUCAGGAUGCUUUCCCAACACCCUUAGCAAAGACAAACCACCAGCAGGUCAGCCAGAUUGAGGCAGUUGAGUCCACUGCAAGUUUAGGAGAAAGACAAAGGGAAGGAGGAAGUGUUAGCAAGGAAGAGAAAAAGCAGGAAGAUGAGGAAAAGAAAUGUGUUGAUGAGACAGAUGUAGAGUCAGAUGAGGAAAGGAAAGAUCAGGAAAAAAAAGACAGGAGGAAGCAGCCCCCAAAUCAGUGAGUACCUACCUGUCCUCUCUCCAAACACACACAUCAGUUGAGGGAACAUGGUCUCCAAAGGCCAGUAUGUGUCCAUGCUCUUGUUCCAUCUAAGAUACGAAAGACUUCUUCAUAAAAUUGUUAAUGCCUUUAAUUAGAAAGAUUGACAGGUAUUUUGGUUUGGGGGAUCUAUGGAUCCAAAACUGUGAUUUGCAGAUAUUUUGCAAGAUUCCCAACCAUACAGCCGAAAUUUUCCUUCGGCUAUAAGCAUCAGUUGUUUUAUUUUAGCAUUAGCCUGACGGACUGCAGCGUCUCAUCCUGCAUUUCAGAGUUCCUGUCUUUUUGUAUCGUGUUAUUUAGGUUCCAAGGGACGUCACUUAAGACUCUGAGUGUACCACAUCCUUUUUUGUAUGUUUGUACAUUUAUAAAUAUAUUUAAAGACAGACAUGAUGUCAUGAAAAGAGAUUAAACUUUGUUUUUUAUUGUUUUUUUGUUGUAUUUUCUCUGCAGCAGCUGCUGCAUUUUUGAAUGGAAUCCUGGUUUACAAACUAUGCUUUUUGAGAAAUCAUCAUUUGAGACUGCAAAAUGUAAUUGUAAUUAAAAAAAGAAGGUUUACGAGUUUACAUGUUAAAUAGUUCCCAGGUUAAAAUAUUUAAAAUAGUCUUUUUUUCUGAAAUAAAUUCCACAAGCUAAAUACAACCAUGACAAUUGCAUCUUUAAGUACUUAAUUGUAUGAAGAACUGCAGAAUGUAAAGGGAAUGAAAACACUUUUGUUUGCAUCAAUGCAUAUUAAGUUAUUACUCGUUCACUAAGGGUUCAGCAUCAUCAUUUAGACCCUCGACCUCUGAGAAGAUGGUCUGAGUCACUUUUCGGUAAUGUUCCUGAGGUUUCUAAUUGAGGAAAGUCUCCUCACUUCAACAGUGAAUGACUGAGAUGGGCCUCAUUUGUCAAAACAAAACAAGCAGAAUGAAUUGAAAAGUCUUUUUUGUGUAAAUUGUUCCAUUCUAUUCAGCAUGACAGUCUAAGCAAGAAUAGUUAAUGAAUAAUUUUUCAAGAAAUUUGUUCUGCUUGUUUCAUAAAUGAGACCCUUUAUGUAUUUAUAAAGAUUGUGUUUGAAAAACAUCCAUUUACUUUGUAUAAAAAUUUUACAGAAAAACUCCAGUAGCGGUUAAUGAAUCCUUUAUGCAAUUUACAACAAACAUAUUUUUUUCAUGAUGUUCCCUCUUAACACAUUUUAUGUACUUGGGAAUUCUUUAUAUCCUUGUCAUAACCAGGUUAUUUUAUUAUUAUAAUUUUUUUUUUUUUGCAACUACAACAUUCAAAGAUUUAUAUCAGAUUGCAUAUUUCAAGGAUGAAACAUUUAUUUCAGUGUCUCAAAAUUCAGUCAUCUUUCCCUUGUUGCACAUUUUUGCAUACUUUAUGAAAUCGCAUUUAUCACUCCACACCAGUCCCUCCCUCUCAUCCCUCUCUUUGCACCUGUUUCUUGGUUCCUGUUUCUGUUGCUUAUUCUAUAUAAGUGUUUCCUAUGUGAAAAGAAUGUUAUUUAUUUUUGUUUAUUGAAGAGAAGUAAAGACUUGUGCUGACUAUGCUGGGCAUUGCCAGCUUUCAUAAAUAUUUUGCAAAAAAUAAAAAAGGAAUUUUUAGUCCCCUGCUCUGUACAGAGAAACAAAACUCAAACUGUAUCUCUGAAGAUGUAUAAUAAAAACUGACUUUGAGACA